AAAGGGUGUUUGCAUGGCAUGGGAGUGGCACUCUGAUAAAUACGAGACCAGAGCACCUGGACACUACUACAGUUGUAGCUCAUCCAGCAGUCACGAUGAAGGCACUGCUCAGCAUCGUCCUCGGUCUUCUCUUCCAGGAGCUCGCUUGCUCCACUUAUCUGGUCCCUGGCGCCUACACUAACGGCUCCCGGGAUGCGGAGGGCCAGUGCGUGUGUAACGUCUAUCUGCCGGACCCCGUCUUCCCGGCCGACAUGGUGGAGCAGCUGCAGCUCAGCACCCAGACGAUUGCCACGGCCUUCACGGUGGAGUCACAGAAGGUGGCAGAGAACCACGCCACGCUGGUGCGCUACACGGCGCUGCUGUAGAACCUGACGGUGCGCGUGGAGCGAAUGGAGCAGGGGCAUGACCGCUACACAGAGCUGGACUUUAAGCUGAUGCGGGUGGAGAUCAGGAAGAUGAAGCAGCUGGUACAGCAGCUGAAGCUGGAUGUCUCCAGCGCCACUCUCGAUCGUCUACACCUCUCGGUUAGUCAC